UGGGGACAUUUUCUUUAGAUCCUUAUCACUACUCCUGCAUCACCAGGACAAUCACAGAUAUAUACGUCAGGAAAUCAUUAACUUUUUGUCUAACCAUGAAGAUAGAUACACAUACUUGAUGUUUUAUAAAGGAGAGGGGGCAUACGAGAAAUGCAUAUGCAAACAAAGACAAAAUGACGAAGAGGCUGAUGCUGUCAUUUUCCAAGCUGCAGCUGACGUAUAUGGCUUGGACAUUUACAUCACUAACUUUAACAACUGUGGUGAAACCCAAAUAAUUAGAGCCAACGCUGAUCAAGCUGCUUGGGGAUGGCUGCAUUUACGAUUGGUGCAAGAUCAUUAUGACCUCAUAACAGAUUCUUCACAAGAAGGCGCAGAAAAGCCAAACAAUGCCUAUAACUUAGCAAAACUUCCGUUAAGGGCAAGGGGAAAUAAUCGAGUGUGGACUAAUCCCAGUCGAGUUACGAGAAUUCCUGAUAACUAUGCACCAGAAUACACAGAGUACUCAGUUUGAGAGCGAAAGGUACCGAGAGAUAAAUGGAAUA